UUUUGUAUGAGUAGGGUUAUAAAUAUGAAAGAUGAAGUGUGUUCUCUUCAGUACGGCUUCAUCAACAGCUGCAUGCAGUCUCUGGUGAUGGAGAAGUUUGGUCAGGAGACCUGGGAUAAACUGAGCUCCCUACCAGGGGUUCCGGAUUCCUUCAUGACGUACACGGUGUAUGACGAUGUCCUGACCGUCCGCCUGGUGCAGGAGGCCUCCUCACUGCUGGAUGUCUCCGCUGAAGUCUUGCUGAAGCUUUUCGGAGAACAUUUCUUUGCUUUCUGUAAGAAAGCGGGCUAUGACACCAUGCUGAGGACACUGGGAGGAAAUCUGACAGAGUUCAUCGGGAAUUUAGAUUCUCUCCACAGUUACUUAGCGCUGUCCUAUGAGCAAAUGAAUGCACCGUCUUUCCGAGUGGAGAUGACGGACGAUGGGAAGAUGCUCCUUCACUACUACUCCGACAGGAAGGGCCUGUACCAUAUUGUCCCUGGUAUCAUGGAGGCGGUUGCCAAAGACAUUUUUGAUAGCGAAGUGACCAUGACCAUUAUCAAUCAAUCAGAGGAAGAUGAGCGGACGGGGAAGAAGGAGCAUGUUGUGUUCCUGGUCAAACAGACGAAUCACGUCAAUCAUAGAGGGGCGUUACCAGGAACAACGAUGGAGCGCUGUGUGCCACUGGCUGGGGGAAAGCACAGAUUGGACCUGACCAGAGCUGUGGUUCCCUCAGACCAAGGAAGCCUCCUGUGCACCUUCAGUCCACGUUACCCCAACAAGCUGUGGGUGGACGAGAAAGCUUUCUGCAAUGCCUUUCCCUUCCAUAUCGUCUUCGAUGAGAAUCUGAAGGUAAGGCAGACAGGCGUGAACAUCCAAAAGUUUCUCCCAGGUCUCCAUGCCAGAGAUCUAACGUUGGACCAACACUUCACCAUUAUUCACCCACAGGUGACCUUUACCAUCGAGAGCAUCAGGAAGUUCGUCAACAGUCAGUUUGUCUUGAAGAGCAACAAAGACAAACACGGCAGUCUGAAACUGAGAGGUCAGAUGCUGUGGAUGGGGUCUCUCGGCUGCAUGUUGUACAUGUGCUCUCCAAAGCUGCGGAGCCUCCAGGAGCUCCAGGAUGUGGGCCUCCACCUGGCUGACCUGGCCCAGCACGACGUCACCAGAGACCUGGUUCUCCUCAACCAGCAGCGCCUGGCUGAGAUGGAGCUCACCAACCAGCUGGAGAGGAAGAAAGAGGAACUGAGAGUGCUGUCGCGCCACCUGGAGGUAGAGAAGGAGAAGACGGAGACUCUGCUGUACGCCAUGCUGCCGCGACACAUAGCCAAUCAGCUGAAAGACGGGAAGAGCAUAGAAGCGGGGGAGUUUGAGGUGUGCACCAUUCUGUUCAGCGAUGUGGUGACCUUCACUGACAUCUGUGCCGCCUGCGAGCCAAUCCACAUCGUCCACAUGCUCAACUCCAUGUACUCCAAGUUCGACCGGCUCACCACCAUACACGACAUCUACAAGGUGGAGACAAUUGGUGAUGCGUACAUGGUGGUGGGGGGCGUCCCGGUCCCCAUGGUAACCCAUGCUCACAGAGUGGCCAACUUUGCCCUGGGCAUGAGGAUAGCUGCCAGAGAGGUCACUAAUCCUGUAACAGGCACACCCAUUCAGAUCCGUGUGGGUCUGCACACUGGUCCAGUGUUAGCGGGGGUGGUGGGGGAGAAGAUGCCCCGCUACUGCCUGUUUGGAGACACAGUGAACACGGCCUCCAGGAUGGAGAGCCACGGCCUCCCUGACCACAUCCACCUCAGCACGUCCACAUACAGUACACUGAAGGAUGCUGGGUUCAACAUCCAAGAACGUGGGCACAUUAAGGUGAAGGGGAAAGGCCUGAUGACCACUUACUUCCUGUUGGGGAAUCCGUUGGUGUCAGAAGAAUGCAUCAUGGGUAGAGAGGUCGGAGGGACCUGUCUUUAUGGAGAGGACCUUCAGCUCCACAGAAGAACAGAGUCAGUCAAAGAGCCUGACGUGAGAACUGACACUGUGGGAAGAGACAACCCCCCGGACCCCAGCCGAGAAUCCACCCCUCCCUUUGCCUGGGACAUCAGCCCUCCAUAUCAGACCAAAGAGAGCUGCAACACAUCUGGAGGAAGUCACAACAGCAGACUCUGUGUCCUAUUCUGA